GUGGUGUCUUAGCUAUGAGCAUAUUUUUACAUCAAGCUGGUAUCCACAAGAACCGUUCCGGUGCCAUCCAGAGUGUCCUGUGUCUGUCCUUCUGCAGACGUUUCUCUUCGGAGAAACUAGAAUUGAUACCCCAAAGCAAGAAAGUAAAGGGGCCGCUCAGAGUUAUAGACAUCAUAUCCAGGAGUAGAAGUGUAACCAGUGUCCGUCAAAGCCAUCUUCGUCUCAUUCAGGACUUUCUGCAAACAGAUUCAGAACGAUUUAAUAAACAAAAUUUUGGGAAUGAUUUUGCUAGUUGGGAUUCAACUGGGGUUUCAGAUUUCUUUGAUGAAAUACUUGAAUCUUCUGUUGUGGAUAAAGAGAGGUCGAAGAAGGGUACGCAACAUGCAAGUUUUCUGUCGAAUGCUGUGAGUUCGUGUGCGUCUACCCGUGAUCUUCUCCGCGGUGUUCAGUACCAUUGCUUGGCAAUAACGACUGGAUUUGUUUCCAAUGUUUAUGUAGGGAGUUCUUUGAUCGCUCUGUACUGCAAGUGCGAGCAGAUGGAGAACGCCUAUAAGAUGUUCGAAGAAAUGCCUGUGAAGAACGUUGUUUCGUGGACAACGAUCAUUGCUGGCUUCGCACAGGAAUGGCAAAUUGACUUAUGUUUGCAGCUGUACCGUAUGAUGAGGCUGUCUGCAAUGAAGCCGAAUGAUUUUACAUUGACGAGUAUCUUGAGGGCCUGCACGGGUACUGGAGCUCUUGGGCAGGGGAGAAGUGCUCAUUGUCAAACAAUUCAAUUGGGUUUCUACUCAUAUACCCACGUUGCCAAUGCUCUCAUUUCAAUGUACUGCAAGUGUGGGAGUCUUGAAGAUGCAUUGUACAUAUUCAAGAACUUGCCUGGUAAAGAUAAUGUCUCCUGGAAUUCCAUGAUUGCAGGAUAUGCACAACACGGGCUUGCACAGCAGGCAAUUGAUCUGUUCGAAGAGAUGAAGAAUAAGAGUAUGAAACCCGAUGCCAUUACAUUUCUUGGAGUUCUUUCUUCAUGUCGUCAUGCAGGGCUUGUUGAGCAAGGGCGUUUGUAUUUCAAUUCAAUGGUUAAACAUGGUGUUAAGCCGGAGUUGGACCAUUAUUCUUGUGUUGUUGAUCUUCUAGGCCGUGCGGGAUUACUAGAAGAGGCUCGAAAUUUAAUUUUAAAGAUGCCAAUUCCUCCCAAUGCUAUUUUAUGGGGCUCCCUGCUUUCUUCGUGUAGACUACAUGGGAACAUUUGGAUUGGGAUACAGGCUGCAGAGAGCAAGCUGCUGCUGGAACCAGGAUGUGCCGCCACCCACGUCCAACUGGCAAAUCUAUAUGCCAGUGCAAAGCGCUGGGAUCAGGCAGCAAGAUUGCGGAAACAGAUGAAGGACAGAGGACUGAGAACAAAUCCUGGGUGUAGCUGGAUUGAAGUUAAGAACGAGGUUUACAGGUUUAGAGCUGAAGACAAGUCAAACAGUAAGGGGGCUGCAAUUGUUAGCGUUUUGGGUUGGCUGGUGGACCACAUGAGGAGUUUAGGUUAUGUGCCGGAGACUAGUGGGGAAGAAGAUGAUGAUGCUUUGCCAUCAGCAUUUCAAGUUCUGAACUAACCUAAAACGAUUCAGAGAAGCUCGCUGGUAAAAAACAGAUGAACAAUCCGUUCACGUCUACAAAGAACCUCCUCGGACAUCUAUUGAGAAACAGAGGGUCGAUUUUACCCGUGUCCAUGUCUAAUAAUAUUCAGCAAUAACACUUGCAUAUUCAACAAGAUUAGGCUAUAGACCACUUGACUAUGUCAGUUUCAACUCUGUUGAGGAAAGUGUGGAAGAAAAUCCCUAUGCUCCUUCACCCUCUGGAAUUGACACAUCAAUAGAGGUUAUACUUCUACGAAGUAGAAGAAAACAGAGUUCGUUCGAGGAAAAUCAAGAGCUGCCUGAAUUAUAACCCAUAAGGGGAAGUCUCAGUUGAUUUACGAGUUUAAUAUUUUAAAUUACAGAUGUAAAUGGGUAAGAAAGAUUGAAAAAAGAA